GUCACGUGGUCGGACUCUUUGUUGGUUUGAUUCAGAGGAGAAAGAAGAGUCCCGGACCGACCGACCGACACACCGACCUCACCCGUCAAUCCUCCCCGGCGCACACUCACUGCUCUUCGGCCUGGAUGCUGCUGGAAGCCCGCUCUACCUCUACCUGGAUCUUUGUUUCGUGUGCAGCCGGUUCGAGUGCUUUGGCAGCGGGGCUGUGUGAUGGAGGCUGAGAGCAGACUGUGAGCAGACUGGUGCUGGUGGUGUUGGAGGAGGUGUUGGUGUUGGUGUGGGGGUCGCUGUGUGCAGCCCCAGGCCCUGCUGCUCUGCUCUGAUCUGCUUUGUUAUCCUGGUCUCGGUGCAGCAGCCUGCAGCCUGCAGCCUGCUGUCUCACCGUGUCCUCCAUCCAGCAGCCUGGUCCACCAUGAAGAGCCCGCGCACAGGACAGCACGGGGCGCACGUGGAGCUCUUUAGGAUUUAACUCAUUUCCUGCGACGUGUUUUUGUUUUGAGGAUUUUUUUUUUUUUUUUUUGAAGGACGAAUCCAGAAAAAAAAUCUGUUUUUCUCUCUUUUUAUUCUCUUAUCUGUCUCUCUAUACCUCCACCCAUCUAUCCAUCAGUCCUGCAAGACCUCUAUCUAUCUAUCUAUCUAUCUAUCCAUCUAUCUAUCUCAUUCAUCUCCUUAAACCUCCAUCCAUCCCUCUAUUCCUCCCCUCAGACCCCCAUCCCUCCAUCUGUCUCUCCUUAUAUUCCUCCCUCCCUCCCACCGUCCUCCCUCCAUCAUGGCUCCUGUGUGCCGGUCCUCCUGGUCCUGGUCCUGGUCCUGGUCCAGCUGCCUGCUGGUUCUGCUGGUCCUCCCCGCCGUCCGGAGCUCGUUCCCCCGCAGCGGAGGCAGUAGUGUGGACUGUGGCCCCGGGAAGGCCUCCGACUGCCCAGAUCUGUCCGAGAAGAAGAGCGACCUGCGAGUUUGUGACGCCGGGACGUGUCGCUUCGGAGGAAGCUGCCGCGAGAACGGAGCCGACAUCAAGUGCGUCUGCCAGUUCCAUUGUCAUAAGAAGUACGUCCCGGUGUGCGGCUCUAACGGAGACACGUACCAGAACGAGUGUUUCCUGAGGAGAGCCGCCUGCAAGAAGCAGAGAGCGAUCAGCAUCAUGUCAGAGGGACCCUGUUACCACGACGGUGCUUCAGGAUCUGGUGAUGGAGACGAUGAGGGAUCUGGUCGCGGGAAAAAGGCUUCGAAAUGUGGAAACUGCAAGUUUGGAGCCGAAUGUGACGAAGACUCUGAAGAUAUGCUCUGCAUGUGUAACAUCGUGUGUAACGGCCACAACGACAACCCGGUGUGCGGCGGCAACGGCGUGACCUACGACACGCCCUGCCACGUCCGAGAGGCGUCCUGCCUCAAACAGCUCAAGAUCGACAUCAAACACGUGGGGCGUUGCCAAGAUAAGAGUAGGAAGGACGACAGCAUGAAGACCAAACCAGACAUCUACACUGUGUCCAAGGCUGGUGAGGGGGAGGGCUUCGUGGACAGCCCCGCCCCCUGUCCCGAAGACUACGCCCAGUUCUGUGAACACGGCCAGUGUGAGAUGAGACACAACCUGCCCACCUGCAGGUGUGAAGCGGCCUACGGGGGUCCUCAGUGUGAUCAGCUCCUGGACUUCAACAUCCUGUACGUGGUCCCCAGUGGUCAGAAGCUUCACUACGUCCUCAUCGCCGCCAUCAUCGGAGCCGUUCAGAUCGCCAUCAUCGUAGCUGUUGUCAUGUGCUUCACCAGGAGGUGCAACAAAACGAAGCGUGGGCGGCGGCAGAAGCAGCACCUCGGUCACUUCCCUUCAGGGACGUCCUCCAGGAUGAUGUAGCUGCUCUCACUUUCUUUUCUCUCUCGUGUUUUUACGAAAUACAACAAGUCUACAUUUUUCGUACCACAGACUGACGACAUUUUUGAUAUCUCGACUUUUUGGUGCCUCAUUUUUUUCCCUUUUUUAAAAAAAAUAUUUUUUUGAAUUCCUUAAGGGGCCUUAUUUUUUAAGAUUUUCCUUCAUGUUUGAUUUCUUUUUUUUUUUUUUUUUUUACCAGAUGAUUAUGUUUCCCAUCAGGCGGAGCCGAGACGUACAGUUUGGUUUGUGUUAGUGGUGACGCUGCCGUCCUCUCAGACUCUGAAACACUCUGAAACACUCUGAAAACUGUGGAUCCUUCGGCAGGAAACAGACAUCAUUGAUCUGAUUGUAUCUUCACUUUGAGACCGUCCACACACAGACUGGGUCUUCUGGUUUUGACCCUGUGGGACGCAGACUGAUUACAUUGUCUUAAUGUUGACCUUUAAAUACGACAUGUUUGGGUUUUAAAUCAUCUACCAUUUAAAUAUUUGAUGUAAAAAUUCAAAAACAUAAAUUAAUCCAGCUGCAGUAAUUGGACAAAUCAAGUCUCUUUGGUAGCACAGAAUACAGUUUUUAGCCAAAAAUUGUAAAUUCUGUAAAUUUGUGAGGGACGAAUUUUUCAAAGUAAAAUGUUAUAAAUUACAAAAUCAGUAUUUUUUAAAUUUCAACAUGAAGUAUUUUACUAAUGAUUCAACAUCACCGUUAUGUAUUCAGUUGUUUAUGAGAUUAUUAUUUUCCCGGUUAGAACACGCUUCACAAUGCAACACAACACUACAGAUUAAGUUGUUUUUUCUGAUAACUUUUUACAGUGUGCCGCUGUGCCGUGAUGUCAUAGUUAAAGGUUAAAGGUCGGUUUCUUCCUCCUGUGUAAUAAAAGCCUUCAUACUCCAGGGGGCGCUCUGUACCAGGACUACAGGAUGAUCAGGGACUGCUGAAGCCCUCUUUGGGUAUUGUUGCUCAUGUAAACUCACUUCUGACGUUUUGUGUUUCGCUGCGUCUCACAGGGUCCAAAAUAAGCUUUCAUGUGAAAUCAGGUAAACUUUAUUUUACUUUUUGUUUUUUGUAUUUGUUACGAUGAGACGCACCUGAAAACCAAAAUGCUGUUUUUUCUACUGCUUAAAAAAGAUGAAACGGUACAAGCUGACGUGUACAGGUUGGUGUUAUUAUUAUUUGAUUGCUUCAUUCCGGAAAUGGAUUCCAAUGUUAUUUUACGUGUUUCGACAAGAUAAUUUAAAUGACUGUUUUUGGUUGAGUUUCUUCUUUUUAUAUAUAUAUAUAUAUAUAUAUAUAUAUAUAUAUAUAUAUAAUUUGUAACGAUGGUACGAAGUGUCCGUGUUGGUGGUUUUAUUGUGGUAGAAGGAGUAGACUCAAGAAGCUGGGAGGUUCCCUGAAGUAUCGCUGCUCUGAGAUCACAUCUCUCUGAAGCUGUGGUCUCGUGAUGCUCGAGGGAAUCCAGCCUGAUCUGAGCGUAGCCGUUGCGUACUGCAUGAACCAGUGGAGUUGUUGUUUAGAGAUGUGCUGUAGUUGAACUAGAAUUAAAUUAUGAUGUUUGAAACCAA